ACCAUGAAAAUCUUUCUUCUUUUUUGUAUGGUUUUCUGUUUUCCAUGGCCAACUAUUCAGAGCCCGUUCGAGACUUAUAUAGUUCAUGUUGAGUCUCCUGAAAGUCAAAUUUCUACUCAAUCAUCAGUAAUGGAUUUAGAGAGCUGGUACCAUUCUUUCUUGCCAAAGACCUUAGCAAGCUCUAGCUCAGACGAAGGACCACGAAUGAUUUAUUCGUAUCGCAAUGUGAUGAAAGGCUUUGCUGCAAGAUUAUCAGCAGAGCAAGUGAAGGAAAUGGAGAAGAAACGGGGCUUUAUAUCUGCACAACCGCAUAGGAUAUUGUCUUUACACACCACACAUAGUCCGAGUUUUCUUGGAUUGCAGCAGAACAUUGGCUUGUGGAGGGAUUCCAACUAUGGUAAAGGUAUGAUCAUUGGAGUCCUGGACAACGGGAUUUUUCCUGACCAUCCUUCAUUUAGCGACGAAGGGAUGCCUUCUCCGCCUGCUAAGUGGAAGGGAAAGUGCGAAUCUAAUUACACUACAAAGUGUAACAAGAAGCUCAUCGGUGUGAGAUCCUACAUAAAAGAACGCUCGCCAAUAGGUGAUUAUGGACAUGGGACUCACACUGCCAGCAUAGCUGCUGGAAGUUUUGUGCUAGGUGCUAAUUUGUAUGGGAAUGCUAUUGGCACUGCAGUUGGGGUUGCCCCUCUUGCUCAUUUGGCCAUUUACAAGGUCUGUGACGGGGGUUGCGAUGACGUUGACAUUUUAGCUGCGAUGGAUGCAGCUAUUGAUGAUGGGGUUGAUAUCCUAUCCCUUUCCAUAGGUGGAUCUUCUCAUCCCUUCCAUGAUGAUGCCAUUGCGAUCGGUGCAUAUAGUGCAACAGAAAGAGGCAUUCUUGUAAGUUGCUCGGCCGGUAAUGAUGGUCCAUCCAGUAACUCUACUUCAAAUGAAGCCCCAUGGAUUCUCACAGUAGGUGCAAGCACUCUUGACAGGGAAAUUAAGGCUACUGUUAAGCUUGGAAACAAAAAAGUAUUCGAGGGCGAAUCAGCUUUUCGUCCAAAGGCUUCCGAUGUAACAUUUUUCCCUCUGUUUAAUCCUGCACUGAAUACAAGUGAAGCUGAAAGCGCUCUUUGCGGAACAGGUACACUGACUGACCCUGCUAUUAGAGGCAAAAUAGUGUUGUGCUUGGACGGUGAUUAUUCUUCGAUUGAAAAAGGACAAGAAGUAAAGGAUGCUGGAGGUGUUGGCAUGAUUAUCUACAAUUAUCCAGAUGAUGGUUUCACUACAUCAGCUGAUGCUCAAGUCCUUCCUGCCCUGGAUGUUACUAGAGCUGAUGGGAUGGACAUUCUUACCUACAUGAACUCAACCAAGAAACCUGUUGCCAGAAUUGGAUUCCAAGGAACAAUAUUAGGAGAUAGAAAUGCACCAGUGGUUGCUUCAUUUUCUUCUCGAGGACCAAGCACGUCUAGUCGUGGAAUCUUGAAGCCUGACAUUAUUGGUCCUGGUGUUAACAUUCUUGCUGCUUGGCCUACCUCCAUUGACAACAAAGUAAACACAAAAUCAACAUUCAAUUUUAUGUCUGGCACCUCCAUGUCUUGUCCUCACCUCAGUGGAGUAGCAACAUUGCUAAAAAGCGGACACCCCACUUGGUCCCCUGCAGCUAUUAAGUCAGCAAUCAUGACAACUGCUGAUAUAGUAAACCUCGCCAACAAUCCCAUCCUAGAUGAAAGGCUUCUUCCUGCUAAUAUCUUUGCAAUUGGAGCAGGACACGUCAAUCCAUCAAGAGCAAGUGAUCCAGGACUAAUUUAUGAUACCCCAUUCAAGGACUACUUACCUUAUUUAUGUGGUUUGAAUUACACAAACCAACAGGUGGGAAAAAUUAUACAAUGCAAGGUGAAUUGCUCGGAAGUGAAAAGUAUUCCUGACACACAACUAAAUUAUCCUUCAUUUUCCGUCACACUCGGAGCAAAUUCUCAAACAUAUACAAGAACAGUGACUAACGUUGGGGAGGCUAAAUCAUCAUACAUUGUGGAGAUAGUUUCACCACCAGGAGUUUCCGUGACUGUUAAGCCCACUACUCUAAAAUUCUCCGAGUUGAACCAGAAGUUGACAUACCAAGUGACCUUUUGCAAAACAACCAACAGCUCAAACAGUGAUGUAGCUCAAGGAUUCUUGAAAUGGACUAGUAAUAUGCACUCUGUAAGAAGUCCAAUUGCAGUUGUGCUAGUCUAG